CCUUGUCUUUUUUCAUGCCCUCGUCUCAUUGGACAGCUGUCCCUGAAGCUGGGCUCCAGCCUGACCGACUGCAGCCACCUUCCUCCUGAGCAGAGGCGCAAGAAGCUUCUGACCCGAAUAAACAACAUCAACCAGGAGAUCCAGAGAGAGCGAGAACAAAGAGACGCUCUGCUGAAAAUGAGGGAGGUCUAUGAACGAAGUCCACAGAUGGGAGACGCCAGAAGUUUGGACCCUCGACUGGAGGAGGUGAAGCUGAACCUCCAGAGACUUGAGGAGGAAUUGAGAAGGAACCAGGCAUGGCUCUCCGAGGCAGACGGCAGUCUGUCCGAUCACAGCAGUAGGAGACAGAGUGGAGGUUGUGGGUUGAACUCCCAGGCAACAACACCAGGCAGCAGCAGCUUGAAGCAUCUGAAUAACCGCAGCCCAGCCAGCAGAGAGAGCCCUGAUGGCAGCUACACUGAGGACCAAGGAGCCGAACUUCACUUCAAGUCUCGCAGUUCAGAGUUUGAUGACGACUUUGAUGAUGAAGAACCCUUACCAAGUAUUGGCACCUGCAAGUCUCUGUAUCCUUUCCAAGGUACUGACUCUGUUUGGACCAUCUGGGACGGGUGGCCUGACGGCUUAAGACCUGAACUAAGGUAGCUAGUUCCGACUCACUCUGGGUCCCUGAGCAGAACUUUUCACCUCAGAUUAAACACUGAGACGGAGGGCU